AUGGCUCCCAUCCAUCCCGGCGAAAUACUAAAGGAGGAAUUAUUAAUCCCACGUGGUAUUAGCCAGAGCCAAUUAGCCCAAAAACUCAAAAUCUCUUUUCGGCGGAUCAAUGAAAUCUGUCAAGAUUUACAACGUGAUUACGAAUUAGAGUGCUUAGCCGACCAAGCCGAAAUUACCAAAAUUAAAAAAGAAAUCCGUCCCUAUGCCGGAGAGCAUCCACGGACUUCUUUGUUUUUGAAAAAGUAA